AUGGCGAAAGGUAUCCUAUUUCCCCUCUGGGAAGAGGUCCUUUUAUUUGUUAUUCUUGCCGGAAUCGGUACUAGAAUUAUUUACGCCGUAUUCUUGUCACCCUUAUCCAGCAUCCCAGCAGGUCAUUGGUCCGCGCGCCUUUCGUCCCUGUGGAUUUAUUACGUUCGUUGGUCGCCGCGAGUUUCGGAGAAUGAACGUAUUCUACGCCUUCAUCAAAAGCACGGCCCGGUCAUUCAACUAGGGCCUAAUGAGAUUAGCGUGGCGUCCAGAGAGACAGUCAAACAAAUCUAUACCGAUAGACUCCCUAUCGCCAGCCUAUUUGUGCGACAAUUCACUUCUCACGAGACUCCGAACAUGUUUACGACGACAGAUAGGAGACAACAUGCCGACCGAAAACGAAUGAUUCAAAAUGUCUACAAUAAGUCGCAAAUCCACACCUCCAGCCACCUACGAGAUUUAAUUAGAGAACUUAUUUACGGUCACCUACUCCCUUGCAUAGAAGAGAGCUCGCUAAGAAAUGUAUCCAUUGAGCUUUGUGAACUCGAUCGCGCGUACGCCAUGGACGCCUUUACAAGGUACCAAUUUGGCGGCUCGCUAGGAACGACCUUCAUUCAACAGGUCCCCCAGAGAAGGUGGUACUUCGAUCGAUAUUUUAGGGGCCGGCGGUAUUUCUCCAUAUUUACCGAGUUCCCUGGCUUAUUUCCCUUCUUCGCCCGCCUCGGUAUCACCUUGCUGCCGAAGUCAGUAAACGAAGCGCUCGUGGACCUCGAAGAAUGGAACCUAGACCUCUGCGACAAAGCAGAGAGGUUGCUGGCCGACUGGGAAUCCAACGGCGGCAAUAGUGUUGAUACGGAUUACCCGGUUAUUGUCGCGGCGCUCCGUACCGCGUUACGACGAAAAUAUCCGGGAAACACGAAUCUUCGCGCGCCGGGGCAACGACAACCACAAGAUUAUCCCUUUCGGUUCGAUAUCGCCAGCGAGAUGUAUAACCAUAACUUAGGUGCUCACGAGACAACCGGGAAUACUCUUACGUACGCUCUAUUCGAGCUAUCCCGCAACCCGAAGGUACAAGAUAAGUUACGUCAAGAAUUGAAGAGUCUCCCUCCGUCCUUCCAAUACGCUCCUGGAGGCGAGGUCCAUUCCAGACAGCCAGAGCCUACCGAAGUCGAGACUUGUCGAUAUCUUGACGCAAUCGUGCUGGAGACCCUCAGGGUCUGGACGGUCGUGCCACGUGCUCGGCCCCGUGUGACGACGUCGACCUGUUCCUUCUCGGGCUUCGACAACAUUCCCCCGGGGUCGCAUAUUCAAUUCUAUCCAUAUGCACUACAACGUAACGGACGUAUCUUUUCUCAACCCGAGAACUGGAGCCCCGAACGGUGGCUCGAAUCUAGUCCAGAUCACCUCGCGGAGAUGAAACGCUGGAUGUGGUCGUUCGGCGAUGGUGAGAGGAUGUGUGUCGGCAUGCAUUUUGCUGUUUACUGCAUCAAGCACGCCAUCGCAGCAAUCUAUACAAAUUUCUCGAGCACGCUUUACGAGCAUGGAGAUAUGAGGCUUGAUGACGGAUUUGUCGUCGGACCGAAGGGAGAUAGGCUCCAUCUCAAAUUCCACCGUAUCUAG